CUCUGCUUCUCGGGUGCUGAUUCUUCAGUUAGCGCUGCUUCGCUUUGGCUCCGGAAAAGAGCCAAAGAGUUCUGGGGAAGGGGAUGCGCGACCCGAGAGGAGGAGGAAGGCCGCCACCUCACGAGUGUCACCAUGGAGGUGGAAGAGGCCUUCUUUCUGGUGGGCCAGAUGGGCCCCUUCCAGGUGUGGCUUUGCGUCUUGCUGGCCGCACUGCUCCAGCUCUAUGUAGCCAGUGAAGCAGUCCUCAUUGCACUGAUAGGAGCAAUACCACCUUAUCACUGGGAUCUUGAAGGAAUACUAGCUAAUCAUAGCCAUAAUAAUGACACAGCUAUUGAAGAAAACAACUUUAGAAAGUGGCUCCUAACAGCCAAUUGGAAUGAUCUUCAUACAUACAUACAUUUUAACAAGAAUUUUACAUCAAUAGCCUCUGAGUGGUUUUUAAUUGGCAAUACUUCAUAUAAGAUCAGUGUUGCCAGUUCAUGUUUCUUUGCUGGUGUGUUUGUUGGAGUAAUUACUUUUGGACAACUAUCAGAUCAUUUUGGGAGGAAAAAAGUCUUUCUUAUAGGUUUUGGCCUUGACAUUGUAUUUGCUGUUGCUAAUGGAUUUUCUCCUACAUAUGAGUUUUUUGCAGUUUCUCGUUUCUUGGUUGGAGUAAUGAAUGGUGGAAUGUCACUGGUUGCUUUUGUCCUGUUGAAUGAAUGUUUGGGAACUGCUUAUUGGGCAUUGGCAGGAUCAAUUGGUUGUCUCUUCUUUGCUGUGGGAAUUGCUCAAUAUGCUUUAUUAGGAUAUCUCAUUCGCUCCUGGAGAUUAUUAGCAGUGGUGGUUAACCUGGAAGGAGCAGUAGUCUUUCUCCUUUGUCUAUUCAUUCCUGAGUCACCUCGUUGGUUAUAUUCACAAGGUCGGCUCCAUGAAGCUGAAGAUUCUCUCUACCUCAUUGCAAAGAGAAACUACAAGCCCAAGUGUACUUUUUCACUUAAACUUCCAACUACAUGGAGUUGUAAGCAGUCUUGUAGUAUUAUGGAUCUGUUCCGAUAUAAGAUCCUUUUGGGACGUACUCUGGUCAUGCUGUUCAUCUGGUUUGUAUGCAGCUUGGUUUAUUAUGGUCUUACUCUCAACGUGGGUGAACUGGGUGGCAAUAUCUAUGCUAAUUUGGCUCUUUCUGGUCUAAUAGAGAUUCCUGCAUACCCACUCUGUGCCUAUUUGAUAAGCCAGAAAUGGUUUGGCCGUAAACGGACACUUGCUGCAUUUUUGUUUCUAGGAGGAGUAGCCUCUCUCCUUGUCAUGUUCCUUCCACAACAGAAAGCUACAGGAGUAUUUGCAGUUGUGAACAACCGUUCUUUGUCUUUACUCGGAAAGCUGACUAUCAGUUCAGCCUUCAACAUUGUGUAUAUCUACACAUCAGAACUCUAUCCUACUGUUAUCAGGAAUGUUGGAAUGGGAACCUGUUCUAUGUUUUCCCGAGUCGGUGGAAUUAUUGCUCCUUUUGUCCCAUCUCUGAAAGUUAUAUAUUGGUGUCUGCCAUAUGUUGUGUUUGGAGUGGCAACUGUGUUAUCUGGUUUUCUGAGUCUCUUACUGCCAGAAACCCUAAAUAGCCCACUGUUGGAGACAUUAUCUGAUAUACCAGUUUGCUCAUAUCGAAGGCUUGAGAGUGAAGCCAUGUCACUGAAGAUCUUAGAAGAUUCACAGUCUGACCAAGAUUCAUCCAGGACCGAAAGUGACAAUGAAGAAUUCUAUGAUGCCAGUGAAGAGACUCAGAUGAUCAAGUGAGAGAUCCAUAUUCAAUAUUAUGUGCCCUUUCUGAAGAAAAAGUUGGAUAAAUCUGUUGUGACCCAGGCCCAAGUAGGUAGUAAUCAGUUCAAAAACAAACAGACUUUAUUAGAACAGCUAAGAAUUAACUCAUUCUCAGCAUCGUCCAAACUAAAUUACAGCAAAUUCUUCAUAACACAAUUCUUCAGUCUUAUCACCAAUCUUGGUCUAAUUAGGCAAACUGCCAAAGGCUUUUCUUGGCAAAAGUUGAAAAGCAGAAGAUGCCGACAAGAAAUAAAUGUAGCAAGACAAGGAGCAAAGCUUUCAACGUUGUUUUCCAACAAAGAGCUGAAACACCAUUGCUGAUCUUUUAAGCCUUAUAGGAGGGUCCAAUCAUCUCUUGGCCCUACUCCUGAGUCGUCCUUUUUGCUUUAACUGCUCUUGCCUUCUGGCAGCUCUUCUCAUGCUUGCAUUAGGAACAGGCUCUUUGUGUUCCUUUUCCUCACUACUGUCAGCCUCUGCAGGCUCCAGAGUCCGCACAUCACUCCCCGAUGGCCCUGGUCCCACCUCUGCCUCCCGACGCAGAGCCCUCAUCUGGGCCUUCACCAGCCUCCAGGACUGGCCCAUGUUCUUCCUCAGCCUCAUCGCUAUCCGACUCUGUUGCCAGCUUCACAGGCUGUUGGCAGACCACAAAAAAAUCUUACUUAAAUGCCAGGUGCAAUUGUGACAGUAGCAAUAUGAUACUGUGCUUUUAAGAAAAAAAUAAAUUAUGAUUCAAAAUUAUCAAACUGUAAUAGAAGACUAUGGCCACCAGGAGGCUUCCUUGACACAUGGAGCUGAUUGAUUAGGACAGUAAGAAAUAUGCAAGUAAACUCUAGUUUUGAAUAAUGACAAUCCAUCUGUUUCAAAGCCAAAUCUUCAGCAUAUAUUAGAAUUUUCUUUGCAUUUUGCUUUUGUUAAGUGAAUUUCAUGUUUGUUGCACUUUGGUUUUAUUUUACUGUACUGAAAAAUUGACCAUGGAAAGCUAUUAUUAACUACUGAAAAUGGCUUCAGAUAUUGCAAGAUGUUACAUUUAUACUGUGAAAUCUAAUGCUGUAUAUAAUACAGAAUUGGGUGAAUGUUUAGGAUUUUAUAGUGUGUGAUAAUGUUACAAAGAAGAGAAGUUUGUAAGUUGAAAUUAUUGAUAUUAUAAAAAGCAAUUAAUCAUAACUACGAUCCAUGACAUCAUUUUUCAGAUAGACUUUUAGUUAUUGCCAAAGAUCCUCCUUGAUUUCUUUCAUUGUAUUUCCACAUCUGGCAAAAAAUAGCUUCUCUGUCCACUUUCACUUUUGUAUUUGUGUAAUAUCAGGGGACUACAGAAAUCUUUAUGUAAAUAUAAUGGAAUAUAUCCUUGAAAUCAAUGAUUUAUGUAGAAAACUUGUCUACCUCAGUUUACUUGCUUUAUGAAAUAUACUUAAUGGUACCAUUAACAUCAUAAAUGGGCUGAGCAAUAUACUGUAUUCCUUUGGGGAGAUGAAUAAGAGUGAAGGUGAAAUAAAAGCCACACUUGAGUAAGGCCUAUGAGGAACAAAUGACAAAAUGUGUGCUAUGAUAUUGCAACAUAAACUCUCUUUGCAAGUACAUAAUGGGUGAUGUUUGCAUCAUGAUAUCAAGGCACACAUUUCACUAUUUUGACAAAUUCUUGGCUUGCUGUGGAUAUGUCUGGUAGAGCCAGUCUCAUCAGUAGAGAACAGCAUGUGAAUUCAUUUCUGUGCUGGUUCUGGAAACACCACUGGGUGUCCAACACAAGUAAGGCAAAUUAGUCAGGAAUAAACUCUUGGAUCAAAUCUGCUUUAAAAUUCUGUGCAAACAAAGUUUAAGUUUCAUCAAUAAGUGAAAUGGUGACGAGUUAACACAAAGAAGUAACGGCCUAAAUGGAGUUUACUGUAUUUAUGAAUAGAAGAUGAAAAGUCUAUAUAUAACGUAAGCUUCCUUCGCUUUGACCACCAACUCUAUAACUUCUCUUUGCUUCAAGGUAUUGGCCCAAUCAAUCCUGCCAGUGCUGAGGGCUCCUCCCCAAGUUGCUAUACCAGCUCUCUUAGGGCUCCACAAAUCCAGCGAUCAAGGCAGAAUAUCAUAUAUUAUCUUUAUCAACUGUCAUCCAUUAGUUCAAUGUGAUUAAGGCUCUCUGCCUGACUAUUUGGCAGUAUUGGCUGCCCUGUAUUGUCUCAUCUCAUUUUGCUUUAAAAGAUACAGAAAGGAAUACCUCAAAAAAGUAUUGUGUUGAAACCACUGAAGAUAUUCAACUGAAAUUGCAGGCUUAGAAUUUUCCAAGAGUCUAUUGUUCUUGCUGCUAAAAAGGCAUGGAAACUGCUAAAAUUGAAGCAGCUGCAGGCAUUUUGAUGUUUCCCCCUUAUAUGCUAAGAAGGAACUUUUUAAAAAACCAAACCUAAAGUUGCUGUAAUUGAAUUGGAGUGAUUUACUCAAAUCUAAAUAUAUUUCUGGUUACAGAAAUCUGGCCUUUACAAUUAUAGGAUUCCAUGUUCAAAAAUAUUUAAUCACUAGAAAUGGGCAAGUUACUCCCGAUUUGUGUUGGUUUUGCUUAAAAAUAAAUAAAUCCAAUGUGUUCCAUUUUGUAUAAAAAAAACAAAGAGGGAAUGCUCCUAAUGUCCAAGCCAAUUUUGAAUUUGAACCCUCACCCUUAUUCAAAUUGAUUUGUAAUCAUAUAAUUUUUAAAAGUUUUAAAUUAUUUUUAAAAAUGAAGCUUUAUGUGUGGUUUACAGAAAGACAUACUUAAAAAUGUGAGUGGAAACAUACACAACAAAAUCAAAUAAAAUACAAAAUCAUGUUUCUGUGAGCACCAGUUGGGAAGAGCGUUGCGUAAAUGGGAUGCCCCCAGAGAAAAAACUCUGGUUUGUAGUGGCCUCCUUUGGUGGAAGGCUUCAUUAGAAGAUCUUAAGGCACAGGUAAGUAUACAUGGGGGGAAAUAGUUCAGGUUAUAAUCCGAGAGGUAUCAUGUAUAGCAUUAGGGAGAAACGUGGCAUAUCAAGCUAAUAGACUUAAGCCAAAGCACAGAUACUGUGCCCUCGGCUUUGUCUGUUAUGCCAAGACAGUUAUGCCCAGACAGUUUCUAAUGGCAUCAAUGGCAGUCAAAACCCUGGUAACAUAUAAUUUUGGCACAAGAUGGAGUGUCUCCUAUGUUUCUGUUAUCAUGAUGCAACAUUUUGCAAAUCAUACUCCUUUUCAACUGAUAAAGGGGCCAAUCAAUUGCCUUCCUUUUUUAUAUAAUUUGCAUGUUUGUAUGCUUCUUUAGGCAACUGGCAAUUAACAAGAGACAGCUCAGUUUUGUAUUUACAGUCAAGAAAUAAAAGCAAAUGACAGACAAGGCUGAAAUGACAUGGCAUUUAUUGUCAAUAUAACGAGACAGAAAUGAGAGAUAAGGAACAAAGGCCAUAAACCUGUGAUGGCGAACCUCUACGGGCAUGCCAGUCGUCGCCCUAGCCCAGUUCCACUGCGCAUGCGUGUAUGCCUCCCGCUGGCCAGCUGGUCUUUGGGUCUCUGCUGCGCAUGCGUAUGGAGUGCAUGCUGCGCGUAUGUAUGGGGUGCAUGCACGGGGGACACUUGCAUUGCAUUUUGGGGCCUUGUGUGGCACCCCUGUGCCCCGUUUUGGGCAUGGAAGGCCUCCUGCACUAACCGGGAAGCCAAAAACGGGCAGGGGGUGGGGCACAUGUGUGUGGGUCGCACGCACAUUGCUUUAUGGGCACUUUUGGCAUGCAACGACAAAAAGGUUAGCCAUCACUGCCAUAAACUGUAAUUUGAAAGUAGGUAAAUAUAGGCACACAGGUGCAGAAGCAAAAGGCUGAAUAGAAACAGAAUAUUUUACCAAUUAGAUAGGGAAGAUUGGACUGAACAAAGGAAUGCACAGCAAUCAGAAAGAGCCUGUAUCUAAGAAAUGUUCUGAUGUUUGGUAUCUAAAUUUCUCCAAUAUAUAGGAAAUCUGCCAUUCGUAACAAAAUUCUAAAAGCAAACAAAAAUUAUUGGACUGAAAAUAUCAGUUUAGUGGAGAUGAAUUUUGCAAUGUGGAAACAAUGGAAUUGAUUCCUUUUUUAUCUCUAGGGAAAAGAAGAUUUUAAGGUAGCAGACAAGAAAACCAGACAUGAAAUUAAUGCUUCUGAUUAAUAUCCAAAAAAGUUGUAGAAUGUCAGUAAUGAACUGCCAUGUUAGAUAAGAUAUUGAAUGACUGGAAUUUCAGGAAAGCUCAACAAAAACUGGAACUUAAACUUACAUUUUUAUCUGUCUUCAAAACAUUGUAAAGAAAUAUGAAACUGAUGGUGAUUCUUUAGUUUAGUAAACAUAAAUUAUAAUCAGGGGUGCUAUUUAGCAGGUUCUCACAGGUUCUGGAGAACCAGUAGUGGAAAUUUUGAGUAGUUUGGAGGAUUGGCAAAUACCAUCUCUGGCUGAUCCCGCCCCCCUGUAUUCUCUGCCUCCCAAGUCCCAGGUGAUCAGGAGGAAAUGGGGAUUUUGCAGUAUCCUUCCCUUGGAGUGGGGUGGGAAUGGAGAUUUUACAGUAUCCUUCCCCUGACUCGCCCACCAAGCCAUGCCAUCCCCACCAAGCCACACCCACAGAACCGGUAGUAAAAACAUUUGAAACACACCACUGCACUGGUUAUAAUGCAGAUUCUCUUGUGGAACUUUUUAAAACUUUGCAUGGUUAUUUUAUCAUUUCACAGUUCUUUUUUUUACAAAAUACUUUUAUGGAUUUUUAUGCUGCUUUCCCCACAAAGUUCCACUGAAACAUCUGGAAGGCUCAAGAGUUGGGAGGCUGCUGUUCUUGCACACCAGGCAGAGAGUAUUUAUUCUAAAAAUGAAGGUUUGGUGCCUCUUUUCUGAUCUGUUGCUGUCCAUUUAUGGAGAAAUAGUAGCAGCAGGCAACUUCUAAAAGAGGUUUUUUCCCUAUAUUUUUGAGGCCAAAAUCUUGUAUGACUUGUGACAGAAAAUCUUUUUUUUUUUUUUUAAGAAAUGUGAAGGGGUCAGAUUUUGGCUAAACAGCUAGGUACACACAAAGAAUGUUCUUAUGAAUAAACGGGUUAUAAAGGCAUGAGAAAAAAGCAUAUCCAAAUAUAUUCACCAAUUUAUGAAAUAAAUUCAUUAAUUAACAGAAUAAGAGUUGGAAAGGACAUUGGAGGUCUUGUAGUCUGACCUCCUAUCCUAUAUCAUUUCAAACAAAUGACUGUCCAGUCUCCUCUUAAAAGCCUCCAGUGAUGGAGCUCCCACAACUUCUGAAGGCAAGCUGAUUAGUUGUUCUAACAAUCGUGAAUUUUCUCUUUAGUUCUAGGUUGGUUCUCUCCUUGAUUAGUUUUCAUCCAUUGCUUCUUGUCCUCUCUUCAGAUGCUUUGGAGAAUAGUUAGAUGCCAUCAAAUUAAAUCUGACUCUUGUGACUGAAUAGACAAAUGCACUCAAUUUGACCUGCUCCUGGUGAUAUUCAGUAGCUCUUCCUAAAAUGUUUGUAUGAUCUCCAUGAUUUCAUCCAUUCUUACCUAUUAUCCUUUUACCAUCUUUAUAGGGUGAAAAGGCUCAGCUUUAAUGGUGCUGAUAAUGAUGCUAGUGAAAGCAUGAGCUCCUAGUAGCAUCAUCUUCUAGUAAAUCUGAAAGGGGAAUAAGGGGAGAAAAAUAAGACUAAUCCACAGAGGGAAUGAGAACUGCUAUUGCUCAUUGAGGAAAACCAACUCACCUUGGAGAAAACAUUCCAAAAUCAAAUCUGGAAGAAGACAUUGAUGAACCACAUCAAUAAGGUUGCUAACAAAACUAUGUGGUGUAUACAUAUUUUCAAAAACUGAGAAAUCUUUCAGUGUAACUGCUAAUUUGGCUUGAGGGUUUUUCAGUACUUUUUUAAGACAUGGGAGCAAGAGCACUAGAAUAUGUUGAUACAUUCUUUUCUGUGAGUUUUAAGAGAUUAACAUUUUUGCAGAAGAUGAAGAUCAAAAUAGGAAGCUGAAUGCUGAAAUAUCCUUUAGCUUGGUAUUUUUAAUUGCAUAAAUAAACAGUUCUCUAUGUAUACAUAGAGAAGUAGAAUUCAUAAUAUAUUCCUAGUAAGCACAAGGUAGGUCAUUCAACAUCUCCAGAAUAAUUGCCAAAAUAGGAUUUUGAUCAUGUUAGGGAUUAGACUCAAAGGACAAGAUUUGGAUAUGGUGAGUCCCUAAACUGGGAAACCAUAGAAACUCUAUUUAAUCAAUGCUAAGACAUAAUAAGGCUCUGUAACAACUGGACUUGCCAAAAAUGCUGUCAAGAUGUGGAAUAAUCCUGUAAUAAGGUAAGAAAAGGACCUCUUAGAAGAGAGUGAUUGUAUGUAAAAAUAAAACAUAUCCUUAUCAAUGAAGGUUAUCUGAGCCAUAUAGAAAGGGUAAGUUUAUUUUGACUUCCAUAUAUAAAAUUAUAAUAGAACAGUAACAGAUGAAAAAAAAUCCACAAUUCCAAGAAGCCUCUUCAGACUAUUAGGCCCCAAGCUUUAGUUGUUCACUUUCUACCUAAAUCCAACUCCAGUUCAGAAAAUACACUACCAACACCACCAGUUUGCCUUUUUAGUCCCACAUCCAGGCAUUUAACUAUCAAAACAGAGAUUUCACUGCUUUCCAAUCCAGAUAGCAUUUAGUGGUUAAUUUCAGUAUAUGUAUAAAUUUCUCAUAUUUUUUUCUUUUACCUUUUCUUUCUCUUUUCACUUAGCAACCACUUCUUGUCACUAUCCCACUAUCCAUGCAGCUAGGGUUACUAAAUUCUGGCAGAAUGAGGACAUGUCCUUUUUGUCCUCAUGUUUUCCAUGCAGCAGACAUAAUUCCAGAGUGUCUUAGGUUGUGUGGGAGACUGUUUUCAUCACAGUGAAAGUGCAAAGUGUGUAUAUUAUGACCUUGUGAACUGGCUGUUUCUUGAAAACCUACAUCUAGGAUGAUUCCCAGUUCCAGUAAUCAGCUUCAAACCAGCCCUUCAAAUUGUUGAUCACUGUAGUCUAUAGAUCACAUGACUCAUGAUUUUCUAUGAAUGAUAUUUGAUGAAAUCAUCCAUUCCAUAUUAUCGCUAGCAAGAUUUUCUCUUAAUUAAUAUUUUUGUACUGCCCAUUUAAUAAAAUUGUUUGUUAAAAGAAAAUAUAAAUUUUCAGACACUAUGGAUACCAACGAAGCUAUCGAAGUGCUGUCCCGGUGUCUGGAGGCUGUACGGGUCUGGAUGGGGAGAAACAGGCUCAAGCUCAAUCCCGCCAAGACAGAGUGGCUGUGGAUGCCGGCAUCCCGGUACAGUCAGCUAAAUCCGCGGCUGAACAUCGGCGGCGAGUCAUUGGCCCCGAUGGAGAGGGUCCGCAACUUAGGCGUCCUCCUGGAUGAACGGCUGUCUCUAGAAGAGCAUUUGACGGCCGUCUCCAGGAGAGCGUUCUACCAGGUUCGCCUGGUACGCCAGUUGCGCCCCUUUCUGGACCGGGAUGCCCUAUCCACGGUUACUCACGCACUCGUGAUGUCUCGCCUGGAUUACUGCAAUGCUCUCUACAUGGGGCUCCCCUUGAGGGGCAUCCGGAGGCUACAGUUAGUCCAGAAUGCAGCUGCGCGGGUGAUAGAUGGAGCCCCUCGUGGCUCCCAUAUGACACCUAUCCUGCGCAGACUGCACUGGCUUCCUGUGGCCUUCCGGGUGCGCUUCAAGGUUUUGGUGACCACCUUUAAAGCGCUCCAUGGCAUUGGGCCGGGUUAUUUACGUCCCUACUGCGACCAAAUACCUCCCACCGUCCCGUGCGCUCUCACAGAGAGGGUCUCCUCAGGGUGCCGUCAGCGAGGCAAUGUCGUCUGGCGACGCCCAGGGGAAGGGCCUUCUCUGUGGGGGCUCCCACCCUCUGGAACGAUCUACCCCCCGGACUUCGUCAGCUUUCGGACCUUCGGACCUUCCGCCGCGGGCUUAAAACAUACUUAUUUAAUUGUGCAGGACUGAGCUAGAUUUUAAAUUUUGGGUUUUAAAUUGGGUUUUAUUUCUAUUUUUAAUUGGACGGGCUUUAGAAUAAGUUUUUUAAAUGUUUUAUAUUGUAUUUAUAUUCUAUUUAUUUGUUUUUAGUGCCUGUAAACCGCCCUGAGUCCCUUGGGAGAUAGGGCAGUAUAUAAAUAUGAUUAAUAAAUAAAUAAAUAAAUAAAAUAAAUCUGUAUCACUGCUUUUUUCACGGGUGCAGAUAAAAUGAAGUAAAGUAUUUGAUUUGUGUCAAUUAUCAGUCCAUUCAUAGUAAGAAUCUACUGAUUUGAAGCAUCAUGUUCAUAGUGAGAAGUACAAAAAUAUAGCAAGAGAUUCAGCUUUAUGAAGCAAAAUAAAGAAUAGAAUAGAAUAGAAUAGAAUAGAAUAGAAUAGAAUAGAAUAGAAUUCAAUUCUUUAUUGGCCAAGUGUGAUUGGAGACACAAGGAAUUUGUCUUUGCUGCAUAUGCUCUCAGUGUACAUAAGGAGAAUAAAAUACAUUCAUCGAGAAUAAAAAGAUACAACACUUAGUGAUAGUCAAGGUUACUAAUAAGUUAUCAAAUCGUACUAGGAAACAAAUAAAAACAAUAUAAAUUGAAAGAUACAAGCAACAUGGUUGUAGUAAUAAGUGGGAAGAGAUAGAUACUAAUAAGGAAGAGAAGAAUAAUAGUAAUACAGUCUUAGUAGAUUAUUUGACAGUGUUGUCGAAAUUAGUUGUUAAGCAGAGUUUCGUAAAAAACUUUGCCUUCUGCCAUGUCUCUCUCUGCCCAUCACCACCCUCAUUAUUGAGCCAUUCUCUCUAUCCAUCUCCUCCCUUAGUUCUACUGCUGCUCUUAACCCAUUAAUCAUGCUCGCUGUCACAUGAAGGUAUGUGCCUGGAAGUCUUCAUUUGAGUGGAGUGCUAAUUGUCAGAUUCCUCUAAUAAUGGAAGCCACAUACUCCAUAGUGGAUAUCAAGAUUAAGGGAAACUAUAUUUUAUACUUCUGAGUUCUUCCUCUGAAUUUUAACACAAUGUUGUCAAAGAGGUAGGAGUAAUCCAAUAUCAUUGAGAGGUAUAAAUGAGAAGAAGCCAGGAGGCAUGCAUAAGUCCCAGGAGGCAGGGAAGGACAAAUCACUUCUGAAAUCUAGCCCAGAAAACUGAAGGUACUAGUCCAGGAAAUCAUCAGGUAUCAACUAUGAUUUUUUCUCCAUACUAAUAGCAAUAGGCUUUAUUGUGUAUUUUUAUAAGUUUUUUUUAUUUUUCCAAAUACAAACAUUUCAUCUUUCCUUAAACAGUGUGUCUUCUGGGUUCAAAUAUCUCUGUGCGCCAACCUUCAACAAUUACAACAUCAUUCACUUUAAUAUAAUUCUCUAAUCUUAAAAUUAUAGUACUCUGUUUCCCCAAAAAUAAGACAUUCCCUGAUAAUAAGCCCAGUUGGGCUUUUUAGCGCAUGCGCUAAAAUAAGCCUCCCUCUGAAAAUAAGCCCUCCCCAAAAAUAUUUAAACACAGAGCUGGAAAUUAGGUAAGAUGGCAAGAGGAGCCCCAUCUUGCUCCAUGUACCUCAAAAUAAUAAGAUCUCCCUGAAAAUAAGGCCAAGCACUUAUUUCAGGGUUAAAAAAAAUAUAAGACAGGGUCUUAUUUUCAGGGAAUCAUGGUAUGUUAAACAGUUAAAUGUUGGACUUCCGGAUGGCUCCGCUUCAUUAAUGGCGGGCUAUCUCAGUCCGCCAGUUCUGUGUGAUUCUGUAGAGCUGUUUAGACAGUGUUAAUCUGCUGUCAACAGCUCGUAAAUCUCUGCCCUCGGGCAAAGAGGGGGAGGUGAGCAUUUGGGCUGAAGUAGAGCCCCCAAGGAAAGCCCCAGAAUGAUUUCUGGUGGUUUGUUGGGAACGCUCCUUCUAUACCUCGAAAAAAGCUCCAGAAUCCAGAAUGCUUCUGCAAAUGCAGAACAAAACGCAGCGUCCAUCUCCGUGACUGAAAAGGAUUAUUGAUAGAUUGCCAACACGGAAAGAGCCGAAAACAGGAGGGCUGGCAUUUGAUUGUAAGAUGAUUUUAACUCCCUGACAGAGAAGGUAUUUGUAUUCAAGAGUGGAGAUGAUGAAAGAUGGCGUUUUGUGUCUUGAAAGUGAAAGCUAAGAUAAGCAAAAGCUAAGGAAAUGCUGAUUACAAUUGCUGGUGUGGAACCUUUAAGAAGAAUAUAACAAGAUUUUUUUUUAAAUGGAAUUCUUUUUUUUUAAAUCUCUUCUUUUUUUAUUAUCUUUUUCUUACAGUGUUUAAGAAGAAAAGUUUAUUGAAUUUUUUUUCUUUUUAUUCCUUUUUUUUCUUCUUCUUGGUAUUAUUUAGUUUAAAAAUGGCCUUUAAGCAAAGAGAUUUAACCACUUCUAAAAUAUUGGAAAUUUCUUCACUUCAGGUACGGAAAUUGAAAGAGGAUAUUAAAGAAAGUCUAAGGAAUUUUUUACAGGAGCUUAUGGAGGCUCAUCUUUCAGAAAUAGAUCAAAAAUUUAAUGAAAUGGAGAAAGAAAUACUGGAUUUUAAAGAUUUGGUGGAAGAGCAGAGGAGGGAGAUGAAAAAAUUAAAGGAAUCAAUUACCCCAUUAUUGUUAUCUAGUACAUAGACAGAAGAAAGACUGGAUGAAUUUAACCAAAUUAAUUUAGAUUUGCAAAGGAAAAUAGAUGAAGUUUAAAUUAAUCUGAAUUUAGAAAAUAAAAUAUUCAGGUUAAGGUUGAUAAGGCAGAUGAAGAAAGGGUUAUAUUACAAUAUAAAUUAAUGGAAUAUGCUAUAAGGGUGAGAGGAUUAAAAGAGUGUAAGGAAGAAAAUUUGAAAGAGAUUUUUAUUCAGGCCUUUGCUCACAUAGAGAGAGUGGAACCAGAAGAUUUUGAAGUUAAUAUUGAAAAAAUUUAUCGUGUUAAUUCUUGGUGGGCAAGGCAGAAGUGUUUACCGAGAGAUGUGGUUAUUUAUUUUACAAAUAAAAAGAUUAGGUAUGGAAUUUUGCAAGCAUUUUAUAAAAAUAAAUUUCAAAUAUUAGGACAAGAUAUAAUAAUGAUGAAGGAAAUUCCUCCUAAAAUGUUAAGAAAGAGAAAAGAAUUUGCCUUUUUAGUGGAUGAGUUUAAGAAACAUCAGAUAUAUUUUAGAUGGGAGGUUCCAGCUGGUUUAACAAUGAAUUAUAAAGGAAGAAAGUAUUUUCUCAAUACAAUUUGUAAAGCACGAGAUUUUUACACUAAUGUAUUAAAGAUUGGGAAUUCUUUAUUAAUAGAUGUUAAGUUGAAUGGUGAAUAGAUGGUGGAAAAUAUGUAAGACAGAAGAAGGGGAGGGAGAAUGUUUAACUCUAUUAUAUAUGAUUAUGGUUAACUUUUGUAAAUGACUUUUUUGGAUAUAAAUGUGUAAUUUUAGGGGUACUAUUUGAUAUAUUUGAGGUAUAAAGGAAUAGGAAGAUGGAAUAUUGUUUAACUUUGGAGGAUAGAUAGUAAAAUUUAGGAAUUCGGAUUAAAUAUUAUAUUUAAGAGAUGGAUGUAAUGUUGUUAUAUGGCUAAUUAGAAUGUAAUUGUUAUAAUAGAUAUAUUUUGGAUAAGUUAUAGGUGUAAUUUUAAUAAUGUUAUUUGAUAUAAGUAAGGUAAAGUGAAGAUUUUAAUUAUUACAAUUGAUAUAUUGGAUAUUUGUAAUAUUAUUUGAUGUAUAUAAAUGUUAAAGAUGUGAAAAGAUGGACUAUUGUUUACCCUUGAAGGUUGGACAGAAAAAUUAAAGAAAUUAAGUUGGAAAUAUGAACUAUUCUUGAGAGACUGCUUAAGGAAGAAAGACAUUUUAGAAGAACCCUUGGUGAAUAUUGGAAGAUGGAACGUUGUUUUGAUAUUGAUUGAUGAAGGUUGGAUAUUAAAAACUAUGUACUUUAUUCAAGAACAAACACUAACUCAAUCGGAAGUUUCUGAGAAUUCUAGGAGUGGAAUGGUCUGAUAUAUAAUGGAUUGGAAGAAAAGUAUUUUCUUUGUCUCUGGAAGGGGAGUGGAGGUUUUAAGGAGUGAUUAUGGAUUAUGAUUUGUGCUAUAUUUUAAUUUUUGUUGUUAGUUUUAUACCCUGUAUUCAG